UCUAUCUGUCUCUCUCUUUUCCCCCCCCACCGUCCAACACUGUCAGGUCGCAGAGCUGGAAAAACGCUUAGCUGAUCUCGAGACGGCCGUGGGCACGGACCCCGAGAGACAGAACCCUCUUACGGUGGGACUGCAGGGCUCAUGCCUUAUGGCCACCCUGGAGGUUCUGCAGAGCAAAGUGAGCACCUUAGACCCAGCGACGCUGGACCAGGUGGAGGCCCGACUGCAGAGCGUCCUGGCUAAGCUGAACGAAAUUGCUAAGCACAAGACCACAACCGAAGAGGCAGAGACUCAGAGCAAGAUAGCCCAGCUCUAUAACCUAGUCCAGCAGUGGGACAGCACGGCGUCGACUCUCCCUCAGGUGGUGGACAGGCUGGUGGCUGUCAAGGAUCUGCACGAGCAAGCCAUGCAGUUUGGGCAGCUCCUGACCCACCUGGACACCACCCAGCAGGUGAUUGCAGGCACCCUGAAAGACAACACUUCUCUGUUAACACAGGUACAGACCACCAUGAAGACCAACCUAGCGCUGGUGCAGGAGAACUUUGUCAGCCUGGACGCGAGACUGAAGAAGCUGACAGCUUGAGGGGAGUGGAGGAAGACGCGGCGGAGGGGGUUGCUGGGGGCAGUGGAGUAGGGGAGGAGGAAACCAGCCAGGAGACUGCAUGGCACCCCCACCCCUGCCUCGGGUGGGAGGGGUGCGCUACUGACGGUCCCUGCCCACCCGCCUGACGCCGUUGCCUCGAGAUUCCCAGAGUUGGGCUUCCCUGUCCCACCUUGCCCCUUUCGCGCCCUCACUUUAAAUUAUUAUAACCACCUUUUCUCUGCCAUGUGCCUGCCUCAUCGAAGAUAAACACGAAUCCCUGGCCAAUUGGCGCGCAGGACGUAUCUGACCUCCCCCCCCCCCCCCCCCCCCCCCCCCCCCACACCCACACCCACACCCACCAACACUCGCCUCGCUGCAUCGCCGAAACAGUGAGUACGUACUAACCCCUCCCUUCCUUCCCUCUUGGAAAUUGCACAGCUUCGUUUCCCAUGGCCUCCAUCCCCAGCCCCUCCUCGUCAGGUCAGAAAUGUCCCCGCGCCUUUUCUCAAUCGAUGUAGCUCCCCCACCUGCCCGGCUUCGUUGGCAGUGCAUUCAACAAUAAAACACUCAAAACAG